ACAGGUAUACCUUUUUUUAACGGCACAUUGAAGGCUUGAAACUCCCACGAGGCAACCGCCAGGAGCAGCAUAAAACCGCUUUUUUAACAUCUUAUUACUCUUUAACCUUUGUUAUUUACAAUUUUCUCUAGUUUGUGCGGUUAGGCAAUGGCACAUGCAGGACUACAACUACUUGGCUUCAUAUUAGCCUUUUUAGGCUUCAUCGGCACGAUGACAUCCACAAUCAUGGUGGAGUGGAAAGCUUCAUCGUAUGCAGGAGACAACAUCAUCACAGCUCAGGCGCUGUACGAGGGGCUCUGGAAGACUUGUGCAUCACAGAGCACCGGACAAGUUCAGUGUAAAGUCUAUGACUCACUCCUCCAACUACCAGGGAAUAUACAGGGCACGCGAGGGCUGAUGUUGGCCUCCCUCUUGCUAUGUGCUAUUUCCAUGCUGGUGGCAGUGGUGGGCAUGAAAUGCACCACUUGUAUGGCAGAACAACCAGAGCAGAAGGAUAAAGUAGCUCUGGCCGGAGGAGUGGUCUUCAUUUUUUCUGGUUUACUGGCUCUAGUGGGAACAUCCUGGUACGGUCACGAUGUGGCAGAAGAAUUUUACAGCCCGUUUACUCCAACAAAUUCCAGGUUUGAAUUCGGGCAGGCCCUGUACGUGGGCUGGGCCGCUGCGUGUCUCAUCAUCAUCGGCGGGGCUUUCCUCUGCUGCAACUGCUCCGCGGGGCCCUCGGGCAAGGCACCACGCUACCCGCCGGCCAGCUCCGCCGCCGGCAGGGACUACGUGUAGCAGGCCAAGCAAAUGCAACAGGUCCCUACUGUUAAGGCUGAUUUAUGGUUCCGCGUUACACCAACGCACAGCCUACGGCGUCGACUUAACGCAGAACCAUAAAUCAAGCGAGACAGAGAAGAGCUCACGAUACUUUGAAUAACUGAGUAUAAUCUUCUUAGAUACAUGAAUUAGGUUGAUUU